AUGGACAUUGAUAACAGACCUACAACCGAAUCGGACACUUCGGGCCAAUCCCCGACUGGAACCAAUACCGCGAGGAUGUCUUACUAUCAGGGUCCUCUGCAUCCUCAGAUAAACCCUACACCUUUUCUGACACUCGAAGAGGCAGAAGAUGCUAAACAUAAAACCAGAUUCAUUGAUCGCAUCUUACAGAAAGAGAAUCACAAGACCAAAUGGAACAUGACAAGAGAUCACAUGUCAGCCAUAAUCGCCAACCCCAACCUGAUCACCUGGGAUGACAACGACACCGAAGGCCGCGUAAUCAUUCAGGCUCUCGACAAGCUUCUCGAUCUAUCAGAGGUGCACUUGAACAAAGGCGCUAGAGGCAGACAGAGUGGCGACAAAAAGGAGAAGGAGGAUAAAGCAUCAAGAGACAAAAAUGCGAUAAAGAACGCUUCGACGCGCGACAACCACUCUUGUGUAAUUAUGGGCACAGCGAAUCCUGAAAUGGCCUAUUUAUUUCCGCUCGCGGCGACAAGCAUAAACGCCGCGGUGAAAAGGACCCUGGGGUGCUUUGGCGCUCUGAAGACACUCAUGGACACAGACUUCCAUGACACAUAUCGUCCUCGGGCCAGCCAAUUGAAGGGCUUCGAGGGGCCAGGAAACCUCAUUGCGAUCAACAAACAACAGCACACGUGGUUCGAUAGAGCAUUCUGGGCGUUUGAGCCCCUAGAGCCCGAUGAUGAAGAACCCUGUGUAGUAACUCUUAAGUCGCACUGGUUGCCUGCCUGUCGAACUCGACAUCCAGAGUAUGCGGUCCUGGACGACUCCUUCAACGACUCCAUCAAUCGUUUCCUCAGGGAGCUAACCCAAGCUCACGAUGAAGGCUUGAAGCCUCGCCGCCUCAAGGUUGGUACUGGAGUCUUACGGGCACACCUGAAAACCGGUGAAGAGGUACGCAGCGGCCAUUUGUUCAAGAUCCAACAUGGUUCUGUAGAGAACGCGCAGUAUUGCAGAGAUAUGGCUCUUGUACAUUGGAGGUUGGUGAGAAUGUCAGUGUUCCGAGGAAUAACGGAAAUAGAGGGGCCUCUCCCUGUCGGCGAUGUUGGCCAUGACGACCUUGACGACCAUGACGGCACCCCGUCCAAAGGGAAAGGGAAGGCUCCAGAUCAACGACAGGGUCGGCCCAGCACAGGCGAGGACUCGUCGCCAAAGCGGCUUCGCCGGACCGCAUCGUCUUCCUCAACAGCAAGGCUCAGCAGCAUCUAG